AUGUUUCGAGUGGUAGCAAUAUAGGUCUGCUUGGCAGUUGGUGCCUGGGCUGGUACUAUUGGCGUAGCACCUAAUCCUUUUGAGCGUGAGGGACGUAUUGUUGGCGGCGAGGACACUACAAUUAGAGCUCAUCCCUACCAAGUCUCCCUGCAAAAGAAAAGCGGUAGCCACUUCUGUGGAGGUAGUUUGAUUAACCACAAUACUGUAGUGACUGCAGCUCACUGUUUACAGGGUCAGAAGGCAUCCAAGAUUUGGGUGCGUUUGGGUUCAACGACCUACAAUGAAGGCGGAUUGCGUGUUGCCGUCGAGAGCCUAAUCUACAAUGAUAAGUACAGCAGCCAGACCCUGCAGUACGAUGUUGGACUACUCAGGCUUGCCGAGAGUGUUGCCGAGACAGAGGAUAUACGUUACAUCGAGCUGGCCAAGGAAACGCCACCGACAGGAACUGCUGCCGUUGUCACUGGUUGGGGCUCUAAGUGUUACUUCUGGUGUAUGACUUUGCCCAAGGUACUGCAAUCAGUAGUCGUUUAUAUCGUUCAGUGGAAGGAAUGUGCUUCAGAUACUUACAAAUAUGGUGACAUCGUAUUGGACACAAUGGUUUGCGCCUAUGAAAAGAAGAAGGAUGCUUGCCAGGGUGAUUCGGGAGGUCCAUUGGUUGCCAACAAUCAAUUGGUUGGUAUUGUUUCCUGGGGAUACGGAUGUGCUCAAACAUUGACGCCGGGUGUCUAUGCCGAUGUUGCAACCCUACGGGAUUGGAUAAUUGAGUACACUGAAAAAUUGUAGAAAUCUAUUAAAAUAAACGAAUGCCCAAGAAGACAAGUAAGAAA